AUGGGUGCUGAGGAGGAGGUGCUGGUCACACUAUCAGGGGGAGCCCCCUGGGGCUUCCGACUUCACGGGGGGGCCGAGCAGAGGAAACCUUUACAGGUGUCCAAGAUCCGAAGACGGAGCCAGGCUGGCAGAGCAGGGCUCCGAGAGAGGGACCAGCUCUUGGCCAUCAAUGGAGUCUCCUGUACUAGCCUCUCUCAUGCCAGUGCCAUGAGCCUCGUUGAUGCCUCAGGGAAUCAGCUUGUCCUCACUGUGCGGCGGGUAGGGGAUGAAGGGCCUGUGCGAUCUCCAUCUCCUGGUGAGCUUCAUGUGCUGUCACCCUUGUCUCCACUGAGUCCUGAACCCCCUGGUGCUCCAGUUCCCCAGUCUCUGCAGCCUGGGAGCCUUCGCUCACCGCCUGACAGUGAGGCUUACUAUGGAGAGACAGACAGUGAUGCUGAUGGUCCUGCUACCCAGGAGAAGCCCCGCCGACCCCGCCGCCGAGGCCCCAUGAGGCCCACCCCUCCAGGAGCUCCACCUGAUGAGGUCUACCUAUCUGACAGUCCUGCAGAACCAGCCCCUGCUGCCCCUGGCCCUCCUAGCCAGGGUGACAGCCGUGUGAGCUCCCCAUCUUGGGAAGAUGGGACAACCCUUCAGCCACCCCCAGCCGAGGCCCUGCUGUUGCCCCAUGGACCCCUCCGGCCUGGUCCUCACCUAAUUCCUAUGGUGGGGCCUGUUCCCCACCCAGUGGCAGAAGAUCUUACUACCACCUACACCCAGAAGGCCAAGCAAGCCAAACUACAGCGGGCAGAGAGCCUCCAAGAGAAGAGUGUGAAGGAGGCCAAGACCAAAUGCCGAACGAUUGCAUCUCUGCUAACUGCUGCCCCCAACCCCCACUCCAAGGGAGUGCUUAUGUUUAAGAAACGCCGGCAGAGGGCAAAGAAGUACACGCUAGUGAGUUUUGGGGCUGCAGUGGGGACAGGUGCCGAGGAGGAGGACGGUGUCCCCCCGACCAGUGAAUCGGAGCUAGACGACGAGGCCUUCUCCGACGCCCGCAGCCUCACCAAUCAGUCUGACUGGGACAGCCCCUAUCUGGACAUGGAGCUGGCCAGGCCAGGUUCAAGCACAGCAGAGGGUCAGGGCCCUGGGCUUGGAGGGCAGCUGAGUGAGGCCUCAGGGCGAGGGGUUCAGCUCUUUGAACAGCAGCGCCAGCGCGCAGCCUCCAGCGCCCAGGAGCUGGUCCAGAAUGGCCCACCAGCUGUGCUCAAUCGGCAGGGUCUGCAGUCACCCCCUCGGGCCCAGAGUGCGCCCCCUGAGGCAGCUGUGCUCUCACCCAGCCCUUUGCCAGCUCUUGCUGCCAGCUCCAGACCCUUUCUUCCUGGCGCUGGGGCCCCUUCCCCGGCGCCUGGCAUCUUUAACCGGUCAGCCAGGCCAUUUACCCCAGGCUUACUAGGGCAGCGGGCAGGUACUACCCCAGUUAUUUUUCGGCCCCUAGCCCCUAAGAGGGCGAAUGAAAGCCUGGGAGACCUCAGCCCCGCCCCACCUCCCUUCUUGUCCUCUCCGCAGGGGUCUACCCCUCUGCCCAGUUCCACUCCAGGGGUUUCCAGCCAUAUGCCAGCCUCGGGUUCACCCAGCACUCCGCUCUCUUCCGGCCCUAUCACGGCCACCAGUUCCUUGUACAUCCCAGCCCCCAGUCGGCCUGUUACUCCAAGGGGAGCCCCAGAGCCUUCCACUACUCCUAGCGCAGCUGCUAUGACCUCCACUGCUUCUAUCUUCCUAUCUGCGCCUCUGCGACAGGCAGCGCGCCCAGAAGCGCCAGACCCGGGCCCAGCUGCACCUGAGCCCCCUAGCGCGCGGGAGCAGCGCAUCUCAGUGCCAGCUGCCCGCACAGGCAUCUUGCAGGAGGCCCGGCGCCGAGGGACUAGAAAGCAGAUGUUCCGGCAGGGAAAUGAGGAGACGAAGAACUCGCCCAACCCUGAGCUGCUGUCACUGGUGCAGAACCUGGAUGAAAAACCCCGGGCAGGGGGUGCUGAAUCUGGUCCUGAGGAGGACGUUCUGAGCCUCGGGGCUGAAGCCUGUAACUUCAUGCAGCCACCAGGGGGCAGGAGUUACAAGAUUCCUCUUCCUAUUACACCAAAAACCCCGCCUCCAAUGGCUCCAAAGACUCCACCCCCUACGACUCCUAAGACUCCACCUCCAGUAGCUCCUAAGCCCCUAUCUCGAGGUCUCCUUGAUGGGUUGAUGAAUGGGGAUGUCCCUUCGCCUGGAAUCCCUGAGCCACCAAGGCUGCAGGGCAGGGGUGGGGAGCUGUUUGCCAAGCGGCAGAGCCGUGCAGACAGGUAUGUGGUGGAAGCUACACCUGGUCCUGGCCUUGGCCCUCGGCCCAGAAGCCCUUCUCCUACUCCUUCACUGCCUUCAUCCUGGAAAUAUUCACCCAAUAUCCGUGCUCCGCCUCCUAUUGCUUACAACCCACUGCUCUCACCCUUUUUCCCUCAGGCUUCCCGAACUCUCCCUAGUAAGGCUCAAUCCCAGGGCCCUCGGGCAACCCCCAAGCAGGGUAUCAAGGUUCUUGAUUUCAUGAGGCACCAGCCCUAUCAACUGAAAACUGCCAUGUUCUGUUUUGAUGAAGUUCCCCCAACUCCAGGUCCCACUGCCUCAGGGCCUCCAAAAACUGCCCGAGUCCAGGAGAUACGCAGAUUUUCCACUCCAGCGCCCCAGCCCACUGCAGAACCCUUGGCCCCCACAGUGCUUGCACCACGAGCAGCCACUACACUGGAUGAGCCCACCUGGAGGGCAGAGCUGGCCUCAGCCCCUGUUCCAAGCCCUGCCCCUACUCCAGAGUCUCCCAGGGGCCUUGGGGCCUCCCCCAGCUCUUGUGGCUUCCAGGUAGCCAGGCCAAGGUUCUCAGCUACCAGAACUGGAUUGCAGGCUCAUGUGUGGAGGCCUGGGGCAGGGCACCAGUGA